AUGAGAGCAAUGAGUCCACCUGGUUUUGCUGCUUCUAUGGACUACGUGAAGGUGUACCCUAAGUGGAGAAAUAGUGCUUGUGUCACGAUUGUAGCAUCUGCGUGUUCUUUCGUGAUUUUAUUUUCUUCGGUGGCUACGAUAAGCAAAAUCCGCUCCUUGUCAAACAGUGGAACAAAACGAAGUGGAAGUGGUUCAAGAGCCGAAAGAUCGUUGACAAUCGUAACGUUCUCCACAUUUAUUUGUGUUAUCAGCUUGGCAGCAACAAAUGUAUAUUUUCUCUACGGAUCCAAUGCUUACUUGUCCUUUACACUACAUCCUUAUCAAAUUGAUCUUCUAAUGUUCACUCCUGUUUGGCUGUUAUUUUUCACACACCCAAAAUUUAAGAGUACUCAACAAGCAACACUGGUAAUAAUAUCCGACAAUAAUAUCCGAUAA